ACUACCCUCUUUCUUUCACGCAGACCAACUGGUAAGAGGCCUCUGUUCCCUUUUUAUAAGGAUCAUAUCAGUUUGUAAUUGUUGAUCUUUUGCCAAACGAGGAAAAAAGUACUCAAGAUUUCUGGUUUCUUGGCACUACAACUUGGUUUCGCCCCCUUUGUCUAUGCACGUGCCUUUGGGGGAGUCGUGAUCGUCGAUCAGAGAACUGUGUAGCCGCUUUCUAUAGCAUCUCAAGAGGUGAAAGUAAUUGCAUAUUGUGACUUUCUGAGGUUUAUCAACACUAUGCAUCCUACCAUCGUCGUGGCAAUCAUCACCGGCAUUGCCUCCAUCACUGUAGCUUUUCUGCACCUUCUAACAGCAUUAAAGGAAAAUGGUGACAAGAAGAAGAAUGAUUCUAGUCCGACGACACAUUGGGAUGGACCAGAAGUCAUCGCGCAACUUCACUCACUUGAGAGAAGGAUGGACAGAGUGGAGAGAAAGGUUGGUAGACUCGAAACGGAACACGUACUUCAGGGAUGGAAUGGAUAUGAGGAGGUAAAUCAAAAGAUGUUGAAGUAGAGGUUUCUUGCAUUUAUACUUGAGCCAUGGGCUCAAUUUUCUCCAUGUGUUUAUAUAUAGAGAUACAAAUCAGAUUGACACUGUCAUGCUUCGAAUCUUGCGAUCCUAUUUUGCACUUUGUUUGCUGUUAAAUCUAGUAUUCAUGUAUACUUUAGGUGCUGCUGGAAUUCUGAGACUAUUUAACAGAAUUGAACUACUUAUUUCGUGAUAAUGAAA